AUGUACUACGAAUCUCAAGCGAGAACAAAGAAACGACAUAGAAUUACUGUGGUAUGUACAAAUUGCAAAAAAAGAAAAAGUAAGUGUGAUCGAACAAAACCAUGUGGAACAUGUACACGACUGGGAGACGCUGACAGCUGUAUUUACUUGAAUGAUAAUGCUGGGAAGUUAGAAUCAGGUUCUACUUUAAAUGGUAUUGAACCUGUAAGGAAACAAACAAAUCCUGUGGAAGGAACCAGUCCAGGGUUCAUUAAAAAGAGAAAACUUCCACAACUCAAACAGAAUAAAGAUUAUCGGCAAAGAACGCAAGAAGUAGAAAACCUAACAUCUGGAUUUUAUUUACCGAUACAUGAAGAAGCCCCCUUAUUUAUUGACCUAAUCCCUCAUGGGUUUUAUUUAGAAACCAAGAGAUCUGCUGAUAAUCUAUUUAGUCUGUUCACAGAUAGAGCAAUUGAAAACCGCGAUCCUUACCUGCAAGCAAUGGUAACAUUUAGAAGUAUUGCAAUCAAGAAAAUGAUGAAUAAAUUAGGAAGUAAGGGAAAUAAUGUUAAAAAUGGAAGUUUACCAAAAUCGUUUGAAGCUUUAUCCACAUUCGAUGCUGAUGAUGAACGUCAUAAUAGCAAUGGUAUUGUUGAUAAGGGUAAUAACUUCCGAAUGCACCAGACAAUUCAUAAGUCUUUGUUUAAUAAGUUUGCGCAAUACAGAGAAAAUAAUGCUACUAAAUUUAGCGAAAGCUCUGAACCUAUUGUAGCCAAAGAUUAUCUACCCCCUUUGAAAGUCCUAGAAAAUGAAGUUUUAGUUCUUUUUGAGGAAAAGAUAUACGACACUAUACCUAUUUUCGAUAUGAAAGUUUUACGUCAUGAAAUUAGGGUCUUCUAUGAAAAUAUUGUAGAAAAAGGGAAUUCAAUCUCUGUAAAGCACUAUGAUCAUAUGGUUUUCUGCAUAAUUUUGUUAAUCAUUAAAAUAUGUCGGCUUUCUGUCCAAUUUUCUAAACUAACACCGUAUAUUUAUCCAGUCCUUCAAGAAAUUGAUACAUCCAAGUUUUUGGCCCUCGUUAAACUUUAUUUGUUUGAGACAAAGGUCCUUAGAAAAUGUAACUUAUUACAAUUACAAUGUCUCAUAUUGCUAAGGUUCUUACAUUGGUGUGCACCAGAAGAUGGUGAUGGGACUGAAACUCAAUACUGCCAAAUCUUGAUGGGAACAAUAAUAUCAUCAUGUAAAGAAAUGGGCAUUAAUUGGUACUGCUUUUCUCAACCACAAAAAUAUACAUUUAAAGUCAACCGGUGUACAAGACCUUCGUACGAUAUAAUGAAAACAAGCGAUUAUGUGUCAAUUUUUAGAAAAAUUUGGAGUUACGUUUUAUUUUGGGACAGAAAAAUGUGUUUUAUUAGUGGUGAAGAAUGCCAAGUCGGGAAAACCUUGCAAUUUCAUUUUAAAGAAGAAGGAGAUACAACAACAUGGUACAUGCAAAUGUUGCCACUGGAUAGCUUGAUGAAAAAGAUAAAUGAUACGUUAAAUGAUGACCCAGGGAGGGUAGAUUUGAACUUAUUACGCCGGCUGAUUAGCGAUUUGAAAAGUAAGUUUCACAUUUUAGCAAGUCUGUCAAAGAACGGGAAACACACGAUGAACCAUUGUGAUUUUGAAAUGGAAUGGAUUAUUGAUUUGUUCUCAUUGAGCUUAUUGCAUGCAGAAAUGAUCUUUUAUGAAUAUGACUGCAAUAUUGCAGAGUUUUACAAGAGUUUUCAAAACUUAUGGGAUAUGAUGAUUCAUAUUUCAGAGAAGUGCUAUAACUACUUUUUCAACAGUGAUGACUUGGAGGUGGAUUCACUAGCCAAGUUUUAUACUAACAGAAUUGUGGAAAUUGUAGCGAAUAAAAUCUUGGUCCUCAUUCCCGCAUUCAUUCUUAGAGGAGAUCGGUUCAAAACAAUUCAGUAUAAUGAUAAAAAGAAAAUGGUUGAGUUCCUUUAUGGUGUCUCUUCGGUGUAUUUUAACGAAUUUGGCUUCGAGUAUUAUCGUUGUUUCAAAAAAAUGUUUACAGCUAAAAUAAGCUAUAAGAUCUUGAACCGCUCAUGUGAAAAAGAUGCAUGGAGAAUCAUUUUGGAGUUUUUAUUGAAUGAACUAGAACUAGAAGAGAACGGUGAUAGUUUGACAGAUCCCAAAGAUAUGAGAUUAAAAGACGCCUGUGUAAUGAUAUCAGGAUUUCACAAGGCGGUGCAAAAAUAUGGUAGAUAUGAUUCAGAUAUCCUAAGUAUAUGGAAUAACGAGUUUUAUCCCAUAGGAAAAUACAACGAUCAUAUGGUAGGCUUUAAGUUUCAGAUGCGCGUAAAAGUAAUGCAGGAGUUCUUGGAUAUGGAGAAGUAUUCCGAGAAGUUUAAUAUUUUUUCAUCCUUUUAUGAUCAUGCUAGUUCACAAUUAGCCAGACAUACGGAAGCAGAUACCAACGUAAGCACGACGAAUAAACGACUAGAGAAAAGACCCCAGAAGGAACUAGUGCAACAAUCUGUAUCAGCAGCUUUACCUGUCAACGAUUUAAUUGUUUCUGAGUUUGACAUGAUUCAAGAUAUUUUUGAUCCUGUGGAUUUUGUAUCUUUUUUUUGA